CGGAGGGCUGCUCUGCAGUGGUACAUUCGCAAUAAAAUGGGUGUGGUUGAGUCGAGCAUAUGUGAUGCGACGUGUUUCUGAUGCAGACCGAAUGAUUUCAUGUGGGACAGAAUUGACAGCCGAAGGAGGCGACGGUCAAAUCGAAGCUAACGGAACGGGAAAGACGGAGGAAGAAGACCCUUGGGAGGAAAGAGGAGAGGAACAAGCAACACAAUAUACAGAGAGCGACGGCAUUUGCUUAAUUUGCGAGAUUUACGGUGUUUGGACUCCUUAUUGGUGUCUGAGGGGGUGAGAGAGGUCAGAGAGUAAGGGUUAUCAGUCAUUUCAAGAUGAGUGAGCUUGAGCAGCUUCGACAGGAGGCUGAGCAACUGCGGAAUCAGAUCAGAGACGCCAGGAAAGCAUGUGGAGACUCCACACUCACUCAGAUUACUGCAGGACUAGACCCGGUGGGGCGGAUACAGAUGAGGACAAGGCGCACACUGCGUGGGCAUUUGGCUAAAAUCUACGCCAUGCAUUGGGGCUCAGACUCCAGGCUUCUUGUUAGUGCCUCACAGGAUGGAAAACUAAUCGUCUGGGACAGCCACACUACAAACAAGAUUCACGCCAUCCCAUUACGGUCAUCAUGGGUGAUGACAUGUGCAUAUGCGCCAUCUGAAAACUUUGUGGCCUGUGGUGGUCUGGACAACAUUUGCUCUAUAUACAGCUUAAAGACGAGAGAGGGCAAUGUUAGAGUCAGUCGAGAACUCCCUGGUCACACAGGUUACCUUUCCUGUUGCCGUUUCAUUGAUGACAAUCAAAUUAUCACAAGUUCAGGAGACACAACCUGUGCUUUGUGGGACAUAGAGACCAGUCAGCAGACGACGCUGUUCUCGGGUCACAGCGGUGAUGUAAUGAGCCUGUCGCUGGCUCCAGACUCACGGACCUUCAUCUCUGGGGCCUGUGAUGCCUCCAUUAAACUCUGGGACAUCAGAGACAGCAUGUGCAGACAGACGUUCACUGGUCACGAGUCAGACAUCAACGCAGUUUGUUUCUUUCCCAGCAGUAGUGCGUUUGCAACCGGUUCAGAUGACGCCACCUGCAGACUGUUUGACCUGCGUGCCGAUCAGGAGCUCUGCUUAUACUCUCAUGAUAAUAUCAUCUGUGGCAUCACCUCUGUGGCCUUCUCUCGCUCUGGCCGCCUCCUGCUCGCCGGCUAUGACGACUUUAACUGCAACAUCUGGGAUGCCAUGAAGGGAGACCGAGCAGGAGUGUUGGCUGGCCAUGACAAUCGUGUUAGCUGUCUUGGGGUAACAGAUGAUGGCAUGGCUGUGUCUACAGGUUCUUGGGACAGCUUCCUCAAGAUUUGGAACUGACCAUACUCGCACACACAUGCAAUGCUCACAUAUCUUACACAGUAUUCACUUCUCAUACAUACUAUAUGCACGGUAUGUACUUUACUGUACAUAUGAUGUACACUUACGUGCACAGACACAUGCAAGACAAAGACAAUAACUGUAUGUACUAUAUAUGACAACUUAUUAUAAGUUUACACCAUACAACCCACAAAGUUUUUCUUUUUAAACAUCAUUCUCACAAUUUGCAUACUUUUGAUUAAUUUUGUUUAAUUUUCAAAAGUAUUUAAGACUAUUCAUUUUAUUUAGCAUUUCUGGUCAUUCUGUUCUCUACACGCAAACAUAAGCCUUCGGUGCCGUUUCCAUGAUGUAGAGUUCAGAUGAUGAAAAAUGUAAGGCAGGGUUGAGUUAUCCAGCCGAAAUGUCCUAAAUCACACUUCAUGUAGUCAUGUUUUACAGAUGCAUAUGCCGGCAUAUUACUGUAUAUAAUAUAUGUUUUUGUCUUACAUUUUUAUGUUCAUGUUUUUUUUUUACAUGCUUAUAAUUUGUUUCCCUGUGUGGCACACCCUAUGGAGAAUAAAGAAAGUGAAAAAAUAAAAU